AUAUAUAAAUUUCCGAAGCUCGAUUCUCGGUAUCCCUCCAAUUUCGAAUUGACUGGACAGCGUCGUCCCGCACUUUUCGAAGUUCCCCGAGUCGAUAAUCAGUCUCGAUUCCGAGAAAUCCUGAAAAUUAUAGUCGAGUCCGCCUGAAAGAAUUGAGUGAAGAAUCAUCGUUUCCAAUUGUGUGUACACACAUCGACAUCGUCACAAGUUGGCGGCGUUUCGGAACGCGCGGCGCGGCAUCCCAUUGGUCGAACUCAGCGCCAACCGAGGCGUUCUACGGGCUGCUUUUAGCCGCGGAAGGCCGAUAACAUGGCGAAAUCGAAAAUCGUAAUAAAGUGCGCGAAAAACAGCUGCCUGGCCGAUUACGUCUCGGAUAGGAGAUAAGGAAGGCCUGAAGUCUCGGGAUUCCUGGACCUCCAGCUGGGACGUUUGCCCAGUGCUUUUGGACCAGUUUUCAGUCGCAACGCGGCGCCCGAGUGUAGUGCACCUUUGGGCUACCCAAUGGUAGGCGCGUGAUUUUGAACAAUUCCUCAUUAUUUUUAUCGUCGAUAGAUCGAAGGAGGUUUUUUGACAAAAAAGUGUAAAAUACAGAAAAGUCCACCAUGUCGGUGAACAAGGGUCAAAGUACACGGACACUCGUGGAACCGGUGACUCUGGGUUCUCAAACACUCACUGACACCGAGUUAAGUGCUUUAACUUUGGCUAGUACUGAGGGACAAUAUACUUCGAGUGAUUACGAGACGCUUGCAAAUAUUGAAGCUGAAUUAGAAUGUAUGAAUGCAGAAGAAGUAAUGACGACAGAAGAGGAUAACACUGUUAUCAUGGAGGGUAUCGAAACUGAAACUAUCAUACCAGAUGUGGAAAUGGCUGAUAUUUCCCAAGAGGUACACAAUGAGCAGAUAAUUUAUACUACUGCUCAUCAGAGUAGUCAGAAUUUGAUUUUGCAAACAAAACCUACCUUGCAGAGGGUGCCUACUUCAAGUUCAGUUCAAAUAAAACCAAAUGUUGGUCAAACGUCACAAAGUCAAUCUAUAAUGAUUGUUUCUCCAGCAACAGGCGGUGGUGCAAGCCAAAUUUUGAAAAUUUCUCAUCCUGCAUCUGCAUCUCCAAAUCAAUUGCAAUCAAUAGCACAAAGUUUAAUAACAGGAAAAUCACCAGAUGGUAAUAUUGUACAAAUUAGAUCAACGCAAGGUGGCAAGCUGACCACUAAGACAUCUGGAAAUAUUUCAAUGGGUCAUGUGCAAAGUAUAAAAACAGUUCAAUCUGGAAAGAGAGUAGCCCAGAAUUCGCAGCAAAACAGAAAUGUUAUUACAAAAAUGAUUUUGACCAAUACUCAACCACAAAGUGGGCAACAAGUUUUAAUUGCUUCGUCACCCAGUGAUAGUCAGCAAGGGCAAACCAUCAAAUUUUUGAGUAGUAAUACUCCUAAUCUAGGUAUGGGAAGUCCAACUAAAACCAUAACGUUUGCACAAGCUCAACAAAUGGGUCUACUUCCAACAAACAAAGUACAACAUAUUUUACCAUCAGCAUCACAAAAACAAACGGGAAUAAUUGUAAAUAAGUUGGUGCAAUCAACAUCAGCUCAACCUGCAAAGUUGACUAUUGUUCCAAAUACUGCUGUCAAAUCUCCUGCAAAAAUCUUGCCAGCUCCAGUUUCUGGACAAUCAAAGUCUAAUUCACAAGUUGGUUCAUCGUCGAAAGUUGUACAUCAGAAUUCACAAAAAGUUAUCAUCCGACAAGGUUCACUAAAACAAGGGACUGUUCAUAACAGUAAUCCUAUUAUCAGGAUACCAGCUAAUCAAACUAUUAGUCCUAAUCAAGUACAUCAGUUACAAGUACCUGGGCGUCAGGUACAGUAUGUUCGACUUGUUAGUACACCAUCCUCAGGAACUAGUAAUGUAAUGACAGUUGGAAAGACGAAAACAUCAACAACACUUCAAACAGUUGGAGUUUCACAAAAAAUCAGUGGCCAACAACAGAUAGUAAAGGUGGUACCAUUAAAUACUGGAAAUCAAACUCUUAGAACAGUAGCACCAAAAUCAUCAAUGUCAGGUACCACUCAAAGAUUAAUAAUACCUGCCUCUGCACCUGUUGGAGGAUCAUCAAAAAGCAGUACUGUAACUAUUCCUGCAUCUGCUCUAAGUCAACUUACAUCAGGACAAGCUGUUCUAUCUACUACUUCAAAUGUUGGUAACAUAGUAGUUCUCCCAGCGCAGUAUCUCCAGCAGCAGGCAGAUGAAUCGAAAAGUAAAUCUCAACAAUCAACGCCGACUUUAUUAAAUAGUUCACAAGGUUCACAAGGUUCCAUAGGAAAUUCAUCAGGUGGCUCGUUAUCGGAUUCGAAAACUUCGAGAUCAUUCAAUAAUUCCGAUGCUAAUGGUAUUAGGCCUAGAAAACCGUGCAACUGUACAAAAUCUCAAUGUCUAAAACUAUACUGCGAUUGUUUUGCAAACGGCGAGUUCUGUCAUAUGUGCAACUGCAACAACUGCUCCAAUAACCUUGGAAACGAAGAAGAACGACAACGGGCGAUCAAAUCUUGUUUAGAACGGAAUCCCAACGCUUUCCGUCCGAAGAUUGGAAAAGGACGUGAAACCGGCGAAGAUAUUAGACGACAUAACAAAGGUUGUAAUUGCAAACGAAGCGGUUGUUUGAAGAAUUAUUGCGAAUGUUAUGAGGCGAAAAUACCGUGUUCUGAAAACUGCAAAUGUAUUGGUUGCCGAAACGUAGAGGAGCCAGCAUUGCAUAAACAAUCAUUGAAGGAUUUGGCCGAAGCCGUCGAAGUUAGAACGGCUCAAUUGAAUUUAAGCAAAGCGAAAAUGCAGCAAAUAUCUGACACGACAUUCAGACCUCCAGCAGCAUCAAAUACUGGUGCAAGACAACCGUUUAACUUUUUGACGGAUAAAGUUGUAGAAAUGACAUGUCAGUGCUUGAUGGCCCAAGCUGAAGAAGCUGAAAGAAAUAUGUUUGACGAUGAGACAUCACAAAAAUUGAUCAUUGAAGAAUUUGGACGGUGUUUAAAAGAGAUUAUCGAGUCUGCACAUAAAGCAGAAGCUACUUAGCAGGGCAAUCGAAGAUAGCAUGGCAAUGUUUGCCCGCUGCAAUGUUCAUCAUAGCUACUCAUAAGAAAAAGGUUUUCUAUUUAAGUACUUGAAUAAUAUAGAGCGGGAAUGAUAGAUUUAUAAUAAUUUGUAAUAAUACCAAAGAUGGUACAUACAUUGAAUCAAUCAAUUUGAAAUUUUAAAAUGCUGCUAUACAUUUGGUGAACUUUAAGAUUGUAUAUGAUUAUGAAGUCAAGUUGUUGACUUCGUUGUUAAUAAGAUGUAUCUUUCAUUAUUCCUAGCUCUAUUUAUAACAUUUUAAGCUGUAUAGAUAAAAUAUAAUUUUUUAUUUAAAAAGUCGAUUUAAAACUUUAAUAAAUUAAAACUACUUUUACUGUUAUUUUGGCAGAUUCGGUUAAUACAUAGUUUUCUAUUUUAAAUUUUAUAUAAAUGAUGUGAAACUUAAUUUAAACUUUAAAAUAGAAAUGUCUAAAAACUUUUAUGUGGAGAACUGAAUCUGUUGGGAUAGUAAAUAGUGAAGUUUCUAUAAAAAAUUUUGUACAAAACAAAAUUAUAUUAUAAAUGUUACUCUUUGAACAGUAUGGUUUAAUAUAUUUACUUUGACGUUGGUAAAACAAUUAUAAAUAAUUGAUAUAAGUAUUUAGGAGAAUGUACAAGAAUUUUCAAUGGUUUGAAUUGAAAAUUCACAGAUAUGUAUAUUUUGCGAUAAAGGACUCUAGCAUUUCAUAAAUCGAUUCUAUAUAUUGCUGAUUCAUUUGGAACAAACUUUAAUAUUGUUUGUUUCAUUCUGCUAAAUGUAUAUCAUUGAUAUAUGGAGUUAAAGAGGAAAGCUAUACAAAAGCAAAUAAUAGAGAGCGAUUACACUUUAAGUGUGUAGCUCACUAGAUAAAGUUAAAUUAUAAAAAUUUAGACUUUGUUCGUCAGUCUAAAUUUUAAAAGAAAUUUGUAAUAUAGUAAACAGAUAAUAUCAAAUUAAAUGACUGUACAUUAAAACAUUUGAAGAUUUUAAUUAAAAAUGAAGAUUUAUUGUA